UGUUUUAGGGUCGGAGAUGGAUCGAAAAGGACUUGGGUGCGUCUUGGAUUUUACCGUACAAGGAGUUGGCGAGCAAGUUCGAUGUUAUAGGAGGCUGCCAUGGGUUCAAAGUCAACAGAUCUGGGCCAUUGGAAGUGAUCGGCAGCGACGUGGGCAAACGCUGCUGGUCGAUGGAUGUUGUCUAGAUGAAUCUACUGUUGGAUUAUCGUUGAGUGGGCCGUGUCUUGUCGGCAUUGACGCCGUGUGCUUGUUUUGCGCAGUGGGGUGUGCAGAACUGUCAGAUUCUGGUUCGGCGUUGCAAUUUUGGUGGUUGCGCUGUCUAAUUAGACGGUGAAAACCGGAAAACCUAGUUGUUUAGGCGAUAAUGGCCACUAGCUGGAAGUUUAUCUCCAACUUUUCGGGGUUCGAGGAUUGUUUGGGCUGCGGUGUGUUGUCGACGAAGUUUAGGUGUUUGAGUUGGGAGGAGGCCGGGAGAGGGUGUGAAGAGUGAGGUAAAUUUCGGUUUGGUGGUCUGGUUGGAGUUGCAGCAGGACGGGGAUGUGGAAAGAAGGAGGCGGAGCGGGGUUGGGAGUGGGGUUGGUGGAAGUAGGACGCUGGCAUGGGUGCAACAGGUAACGAUGGUGGAGAUUCGGAGGGGGAGAGCGAGGCCGAGGGCGAUGGUGAUGAGCACGGUGAGAGAGAGGGAUGAGCAGGAGUCGAUGGGGUCGGAGAUGGAGUCCAGCCUGAUCACGAGGCCGCGAAUGUGGUUGUUGGGGCGGUGGUGUUGGUUGAAUCCUUUACGAUGCUGGUGGAUGAGAAUAUUGUGUAUCUUGUGUGCAUGUACGCUGGUAAUUGUGGUGGGGGUGGUGGUUUACAAGAAUGGUUUGUCCAAUAAGAGGCAGGAGAUUCAGCUCAAGUGCGAGAACCGCAAAGAAGUAUUCAAGUCGGAAGUGGAUAACAACCUAGGGGCCUCCUUUGUGAUUCUUGGUUUGGUAACUAGCGUUCCAGAUGUGGACCCACAGACAUGGUUAGCUUUCACAGAUCAGACUUUGUUCCUGCGCCCCCAUGUGAGAAGCUUGGCGUACUGUUUGCGCGUCUUGCCAGAACAGAGGCAGGCGGUGGAGAAAAAAUACAAUGCGACCAUGUACACCUACCAGAAUAGAAUCAAACUUCCUCGGAAACCAGAUGUGGAGUAUGCACCUGUAAUCCUCGAAUCUGCCGGUGUUUCUUCAUACAUGAUGGACACGUUCGGUUACCCCAUUCUAAAGAGUUCAAUUAUUCAGGCAAGGGACACGGGCAGCUUCUCCCUGUCAGCACCUUACUUGCAGAGUGGUCUUUGGCGAAUGGGAUCGUUCUUGCCUAACUAUGGCGAUUUCGACCCACUUACUCUCAAAAAUGAGGCAGUCAGAAGAGCCAGAUGUGUAGGUUAUGUAGCGACCGUUCUCAAUGUUGAGGAGGUGUUUGGCUCCGUUGUUUCAAGAUUCAGGGACGCAGACCUAUAUAUCAGUGCCAUUGCCAAAGUGGAUUCUGCACUGGACCUUAACUCCUAUUACAACUGCAGUGCAAACACAAAUCCUUGUGAAGUUCGCUUCUACGGGAACCGAACGAGGUCCAAGUCGGUUGAGGCGGUUUCUGUUCCAUUCACGUAUGGGACGCAGUAUAUUGUGCUGGAGUGUUGGUACAAUUACAACAUUCGAUUGCAUGUGUUGCGGGAGAUGAUUGCAUGGCCCUUGCUUAUGUUGGCGGUAGUUGUGUUUUGCACCGUGGCAGUCUACCUUGUGUUGAAGAGAAUGUCCGCUGCUGAAAAAGAUGCUUACCAAAGGGAGAAGAUACAUGCUCAAUUGAGGGCUGCCAAAGUGAAGGCGGAGGCUGCGGAUACAGCCAAGUCCAGUUUUCUCGCCACGGUUUCGCAUGAGAUUAGGACUCCCAUGAACGGCGUAAUAGGGAUGACAAAUUUAUUGAUGGGCACGGAUUUGACACCGCAGCAGCUUGAGUAUGUAAAGAUUGCACAGGCCAGCGGCAACGCUCUUGUGGCCUUGAUAAGCGAUGUUCUAGACCUCUCCAAGAUCGAAGCUGGAAGAAUGGAGAUAGAAACAGUGCCCUUUGACAUACGAGAGGAGUUGGACAAUAUACUCUCUCUUUUUGAAGAAAAAGUGCAUCAGAAGAAACUCGAGAUUUCAGCUUUGGUACAUGAUUCUGUUCCCAGGUGGUUGUACGGUGACCCUGGAAGAUUGCGUCAAGUUUUAAUCAAUCUCGUCGGAAAUGCUAUCAAGUUUACUAAGCAAGGAAGCAUCUUUCUGUGCGUGAGGCUUGUGGAUCCCUACUUCUAUGAAACAGUUUCUCCUCCCUCAAGCCAGCAGUUUCUUGACCUUGUGGAUACAAGACGAAGGCGUAUUCCAGAGGCAGAACUUCCAGAUGGCAACCAUGAUGCUAGUCUAAAAGGAGUUAUAGCUGUUCGUAGCAAUUUAUUCAGGCCGCGCCAUCCUCACAUGGCUCCUCCCAGAUUGAGCAUGAAAUCAGGUCCUUCGAGUACAUCAGCAUGUGUAGCAGAAUGGAGAAAUUGGAAACCUAUCGGUGGUUUGGAUUUCGACGAAGUGAUUUGCGUCAUAUCAAUCGAAGAUUCAGGAAUAGGGAUCCCUAAAUUCAUGCAGAACCGGCUAUUUGAACCAUUUGUGCAAGCGGACAGCAGCACCUCGAGGGAGUACGGCGGAACUGGCAUCGGCUUAUCCAUUUGCCAGAAACUGGUAAGGUUUACAGGAGGAGAUAUAGUUGUUGAAAGCGAACCAGGAGAGGGCAGUGUCUUCAAGUUUUCGCUAGUGUUGCCAACGUCUGGGCAAAGAGGCGAUCUGCAGAAGUUGGCCUUCGCUAUGAAGCGCUCGCCAUCUGGCUUAGGAGACGAGCGUAUCCGAGGAAUCAGGGUGCUUCUGGUUGAUGCUAAUCCCGUGCGGCAGGAAGUGGCAGCGACAUAUCUGCGAAGAGUGGGAGCAUUGAUUGAGUACGCCGACGAUGUAGACACCGCUUUAGAAUUAUUAACAAGGGAAAAUGGACCUCCAUUCCAAGCUGUGAUCGUAGAUUUGCAAGGCAUGGAUCAUAAGUCAUCAAUUCAGCUGGUGCAACGAUUGAAGGUGUCGACUGCCAAAACAUUUCCAGUGUUGGCUCUUUCCAUUCCGCCUGACAUCGCCCUGCAAACUGAGUUGCAUGAAGCUGGCUACCAGCACAUCGUCCACAAGCCUCUUCGAUGCACAACAUUGAUAUCAGGGCUUUUGCAAACUCUAGGCAUGCAAGUGACAAAUCUGUCUAGGAAACAAAAUGCCAACGCUGAGAUGCUCACAGGUAAAUGCCUGCUUGUGGUGGACGAUAACAUGGUCAAUAGCACAGUUGCAAGCUCGAUGCUUCAACGAUAUGGUGCGACUGUCGUCACUGUGAACGGUGGAAACCAGGCAAUUAUUGCUGUGAAGCAGCAAGAGUCUGACAAGCAGUUUGACAUGAUCUUGAUGGAUAUUCAAAUGCCAGAGAUGGACGGGUAUGAAGCCACUAGGCUUAUCAGGAAAUGGGAGGUUGAUAAAUGCGAGCAAUGCCGAGCUCUUGAGAAGAUUGAGUACGACUACGGGGAACCGAAAGAGUGCCCGCAUCAUCGAAUCCCCAUAGUGGCAGUUACAGCCGACGUCAUGAAGGGUACCCAUGAGAUGUGUUUUAGCGCUGGCAUGGAUGACUACAUUCCAAAGCCACUAGAUCAGAGACAGUUGCAGCUCCUUCUAGAAAGAUUUCUCGAGCACAGACUUGUCAAUACACCAGGUUCAUCAGCGAAGUAAGAUGCGAAGACGAUCCGAAUUGCUGUAAGAGUAGCAAGGAUGUCAAGCAGACUCAUGUUCUUCGAAGAAGCGCUACUCACCUCAGGUUCAAAGUUGAAGUAUUUAGGGUGGAUGAAGUCCGUUUUUUCCCCUCGACGAUGGAUAUGUGCAUUUGGAGUGCAAAUUUGCCUCUGCAACGCCGGUCUUCUACUAGUUUUUGCACCAGUCAAUUAUCUGCUGGAAUGUAACCUCCAAAUCCUGGUUUCUUUGGCUUAACUCGAAAGAAGCUACACAGUUGUAUGAAGAGUAGCCUAGAAUUAGUGCUCAUUUCGACACUGUUCUAGGAUUCCUGUAGGCUUAGUAACCGCCAUUUUUAUUGGGCGAUUUCAGAGAAUGUCCAUAUAUUCUUCCUUAUAUGCGAAGCCAGAUGAACAGUCCUCCAAAUUCUUUCUCAUUUGGCUUGAUAUGGAUUUUGUUUAUCCA